AUGGAAGGGCACAAGACGCUACCAAGUCGCGUACCAAGCGCUGUUCGAUCGGUGCGACCCCUACAAGCUCAGAAUGGGCCUGUUGCUGGCGGCUCAAGCAAGACCAAAGUGGCCUCAAAACCUGACCGACGCGGACCGACGGCGAUUGCCAACUCGGAGCGUGCGUUGCGCGCGGAGAACGAGACGCUACACACAGACCUGACCAAGCUGCGCGCCGAACUAGCGGGAGUCCAAGCCCAUGCGCAAAAGCUGGAGGUGGAGCUACAGCAGCUCAGAAACGAGCGUGAGGCCUACCGUAGCUCUCUCGAAACGGAUUUUGCUAAAAAAAGUGCCGAUCUGCUGGCUAACUUUCAGGCCCAGCAAGAUCAGCUGCAAAGCGAGACGGCCGCGAAGCAAAAAGCAGACGCACAGGAGUUGAUUGAGCUGAAGCACACACAUCGUUUGCUGCUGGAGCAGUUGGAUAAAAAUGGAUGGAAUCCAGUCACGGGCGCGCCAAAUGCCGAGUCAUCCAUGCUCAGUUCAGAGCAGGCUGUGCAAGCUCAGACUCUGGUUCAAGGGCUGCACAAAGCCGUGGGUGACUUUGCAGCCCGUCAAGCGGCUCUCAACGCGGCUUUGACGUCUGCCCUCGCCACUUCAGCCCAAUCCGAACCUUCAGCAUUGAGCGAGCAUGCAGCAGAGCUGUCCCAGGAUGAACAGGUGGCCACUCGCUCGUAUCAUGUGUGUGUGUGUGUGUGUGUGUGUGUGUGUGUGUGUGUGUGUGUGUGUGUGUGUGUGUGUGUGUGUGUGUGUGUGUGUGUGUGUGAAACAUGGCGAAAUGGUGCACGGAUGGCAGCCUCUCUGUGGCCACAGGUGCUGUUGGUGUGCAUGGCUGGAGCAAGGACGACUACGCUUCGCCUUGUAUCAGCAGGGUUGGGAUCAGUGCUAAAGAGUGUUAUGGCGGCUCGCCCUGCCGCCCUCGCGCGCCCAAUUGUGCGCCGUGCUCUGCACAGUGGCGCCGUGCAGCGUGCCGUUCGCCAGCCCCAAUCCGAGCCUCUGUUCGAGAUUCAGCAUCAAAGUCAAAGCCCCGGUGACUCACACGUGCAGUGUACAACGCUGAGCAAUGGAAUUCGCGUCGUUACCGAGCAAAUUCCUGGCGUCUGGGCCAAUGUAACGGCUGUUUUUGGAUUUGGUAGCCAAGAUGAAACAGCUGCUACGCGCGGCGCUUCCUAUUUCCUGGACCGCAUGGCCUUUAAGGGGUCGGCGCACAUCAGUGCUGAGCAAAUGAUGGCCACAAUGGAGCGUGUGGGCGGAGAUAUCCUUGUUCAGACCAAUCGCGAGACCACUCUCUACUCGGCCAACGUGCUGCAGAAUAACAUCGAGGAUGUGCUCGAGCUCAUGGCGCACAACAUGCUGGUUCCCGCUUACUCGGAGGCCGAUUUUAACGCUUGCAUGGACGGCUUGGUUUAUGCCGAGGAGCUAGCCUUGGACGCGCCAGGCGUGGAAUGCUUGGAGCGGCUGCAUGAGGCGGCGUACGGUCAUCAAAGCAUCGGGAAACCCUUGCGUCCCACUUUUAUGGAGGCCCAGUCUUUGACCCCAGACAAGCUGCGUCAACAUCAGCAGACCAACCUUCACCCGUCACACUGCGUCAUCGCUGGCGUCGGGGUAAAUCACGACAAGCUUGUGGAGCUCGUUACAAAAUAUCUAGGCCCCAACGUGCUGCCGCCCAGCACUAACCCCACCAGUCGGCAACCACCCAAGUUUAUUGGUGGCGACUGCAUUAUGCAGACUGACAAGCCACUGCUGCACCCCGCACUCCAAACGGAUCAGACUCACAUCGCUUUGGGUUUUGAGACUCCGCACUGGGCUGAUAUGGCACAAGCCAUUCCCUAUGCCGUAGUGCAGGGCGUGCUCGGUGGCGGUAGUGCAUUUUCCUCGGGUGGACCCGGCAAAGGUCUGCACAGUUGGUUUUAUACGCACUUGCUGAACAACUACUACUGGGUUGAGACCGCGACGGCGGGUCUGGUCCCCUAUAUGGACACGGGGUUGAUGGCACUCCAAUUUGCCUGCGAACCAACGCGGACGAGCAUGACAAUCCAGCUAGCCUUGCGCAUCUUGCACCUGGUUCACAGUGGCAUCACUGAAGCCGACUUGGAGCGCGCCAAAAACCUGAUCAAAUCUCAGCUUCUCCUCAAUCUGGAGUCGCGCGCCGUGCGCGCUGAAGACAUUGCUCGACAAUACUUGGCCGGUGAUGUGUACUAUGACUCGCGUCAACUUUGUGAGCUGCUUGAUAACACGACACUGGCCGAUGUCAAAGAGGCUGUCAAGAAAAUGAUGACCUCCAAUGUGGCGGUGGCUGCCUUGGGAAGCAACGUGCGCGAUUGCCCCACUGCCGCCAACAUCCAGCGCCAUAUUGAUCAAACUUAUCGCUUUGAGUAG